AUGGAUCUUUCGUCGAAAAAUUUCUCACUGUACUUGCCAUGGAUCCUGGCUGAGCUUUCAUUGAGCUGCUUUGUCUCGAUUGACUUGGAGUUCUCGGGGAUUCCCCUGGCUCAGCCGGGUCAAGCCCGCAAAGACUGCCCACUGACCGAACGGUACGCCGAGUAUAAGGCUGCCGCGGAGAAGUACCAGAUCCUCCAGCUUGGCUUGACAAUAUGCCAUGAGGAGCCAAAUACAGGUAUCUACGUUCUCAAGCCCUACAACAUCAAUGUGUCUCCCAUGAUUCGACAGGAGCUGGGGAUCAACCGAGACUGGACCUUGAUGAGUUGUUCCAUGGAGUUCCUCAUGGGGCACAACUUCAAUAUGCAGGAAGUGUGCCAGGCCGGCGUGCGUUACUUGUCCCGAGAAGAGGGAGCCGAUGCUAUACAAGUCGCCGCCAACAAAUUUGAUCCCGAGAAAGCGGCCGAGGCUGUUACUGGCAAAGACUUGGACCAGAAGCAUCAACUUUUCCUAAUCCAAGUACGCCAUGCGAUCAACACUUGGCUGGCUAAUAAAACGGAAUUCCUCAAUAUCCCAGGGCGAGGAAGAGACCGUCGCCCUGCCUUCCCAUCCUCGUUGAGUAACCUGCAAAGAUACCUGGUCCGCCAGCUGGUCGCCGCCGAGUACCCCGAUCUUAAGGCUCGAAACAAGCAGGACUUUGUUCAGAUAGAGUUCAAGGACGAGGCGACCAAUCCCGACGAGACACUCAUGGAUGGAAGAGAGGCGGCUCUUCGCAACCGCAUUCGCGAGCAUGUGGGAUGUCGGUGGCUCGUAGAAGCCCUGGCCGGUGCGGACUUAUCUGGCCUGAAGGCUGGGGACUUUGCUUCGCUCCUAACCAGGGUCACUGAACCAAGGUUCACACUAGAUGAGAUUGCAUCCCGCGUGAAGAGUCGCGUGAAAGAGAACCGCGCCAUUCUGGUUGGCCACAACUGCUUCAUGGACUUGGUGUUCUUGUACCGCUGCUUCGUUGGACCUUUGCCUGAUACUUUGGAGAAAUUCCAGGCCCUGAUCCACGAUGUGUUCCCGUUUGUGAUGGACACCAAGUAUCUGGCUACUCACGAUGGCAAUCUGGAUAAUACCAACUCAUCCCUUGAAGGGAUUAGCAGCACGCUCGCGAAGAUCCCUGCUCCCCCUUACCUCUUUCACAAAUGUGCGCAUGAGGCAGGAUAUGACAGCAUGCUCGCUGCAGUUGCCUUCAUCAAGCUGGCCACACAACUGCAACAAGGACACAUGCCCAAGCCGCCCCGCACCAGUUUUUGGAAGGGCCGGCAUGGGGCAGGCGACCUGGAUCUCAAAUCAACCACGGGGAUUCCAGAGGCUACGGACUUGCUGAUGACUAUUCCUGAGCGCGAUACUGACCCUACCUUCGAGGACUUCUCGGGAGAUCUGAUGGGCUUUUCUGAUGAGAGCACUGGGAGUCCAUCUGCCCCUCGCCCUACUCUCGCCGAAACCCGGUCGAUCGAGGUGGCAGCUAUGGUGAAGGAAGGCCGUUUGCUUCCUCGUCUUGGGAGUGAGUUCUGGACGAAGUAUGGGAAUAAGCUGCGGGCAUUUGGAACCAUUGAGCAGACAUUUGUCCUCGGCAGCAUGUCCUAG